CUCUCUCUCUCUCUCUCUCUCACACACACACACACACACACACACACACACACACACAAACACUCUCUCUUUUCCUCACACUCUCCCACUCUCUCACAUUCUCUCCACUCACUCUGCACACACCUCAUAUGUACCUCACUCUCUCUCUCUACACUUGCUCUCUCACCUUUUUCUUGCCCAAGUCUUUUAUUGUUACUCCAAAAGAAGGUAGAAAAAAAAAAGACAUUGUUUAAUCAUUGCCAAAUCAAAUUCAAAAGAAUAACCACAUCCCACAAAGAAUCAGGAUUACAAUUAUUCCCCAAGGUUUCAAGCUUCCCCUAUUCCCAGGCCUGUGGCCAAAAUAAUAAUUGCAAACAUCAUUAUUUAUGGUGAAAACAGGUAUAUAUUCAGAAUUAAGCCAUCUGGAGUCAGUUUAGACGAUCCCAGUCUUGUUGGCAGCAUCUAGAGCAUAAUAACCAAGAGCGGAGCAAACAUACGCCUUCUUCUCUCCUGAGGCCGUAUCAGGGUAUUGACUUUGGCCACAUCAAUGUCAUAGUUUCUUCACAGCCUGAUUGAUCUGGUGCUUGACAUCCACAAGGAACACAAGCAUGUUGUUGUCCUCUAUUUUCCUCAUGGCUGACUUGGUGGUCAGGGGGAAUUUGAUGAUGGCAUAGUGGUCAAGCUUGUUUCUCCUGAAUACACUCUUUCUAGGAUAUUUUGUCUGCCUCCGGAGCGGCAGGGUCUUGGGCUGCCAAAAGGUGGGUGUCGUUCCGAUCUUCUUCUUUUGUGGCUGUGGACGCCUUUUGGCACUGCCUUCUUAGCUUUCAAGGCCUUCGCUUUGGCUUCGGCUUUGGGAGGGGCAGGAGCUUCCUUCUUCGCUUUUGGCGCCAUCUUGGCGUAAAGGGUUCACUUAUCAUUGUUUAAACUUUAACUUUUGACUUAUUAUACUUCAGAGUUCAGAGCUCCGAGGUCAGCUACUUGCAUUUUCCUGUCUAAUGAUAAAUGACUUGGGCAAAUCUGCCAGGCAGUGACCAGAAAGAAUCAAGUUAACCCUUAACUCAGCAGUUCCGCUAGCCUUCUGCUUCUGCACAUUGCACACAACGACUCUCCUCAGAGUCCCGGUGUUUUGACUUAGUUUUACUAAUAUAUAAUUUUAUGCAUCCUAUACUUACUUAUCCAGGAACCACGUUCAAAUUUUGUGCAAAAUUAUUUCCUAACUUCAGUGGUUUUUUUUUUUUUUUCUUUUCUCGGGAUCCCAAUGUUGGCUUGGUUUCAUUUUCUAAUAAUUUCUUCAAACUGUCUUUGCAAGUCAAGCAUUAAUCUGGAACUAUCACUGUGCAGUCAUUUCAUUGUUUCCAAGAUGAGAGCACACAGCCUGCACCUGGGCCAUAAGGACUGUGCUGUGCUGUCAAUUUUUAAUUGUUUUAAGAAUCAUUACAUUAAGGGUUAUCUAGUUUCAUAGAAUUCACCAGAGCAGAUAAGGAAAUAAAAAAAUCAGAUAUAAUAGGAUAAUUAUACACACCACGGCCAAGUGAAAAGCAGUCACGAACAAAUGAAAUCUAUACAGCUGUUGUCCAGGGAUAAAGAGAAAUGGGAUUUAAAAAUAAAACAAAAAACAAAUUGCUGCUCCGGGUUUCGAAGAUGUCUCCAUCCAGGCCUACGGCGGGCAGUGUCUUAUUUCUGAUGGCGAAUCCCCUGGAGGGAUAUGUCUUCUGCUUCUCAGGGUCCCAGACACCAACUUUUUUUUUUUUUUUUUUACCAAGGAGCUGCAGCAGGCUUCUGAGAUGUCUCCAUCCUGGCCUGCUGCUGGCAGUCCUUGUCGUGGUAUGCAGUCUCCAGUACCAAUCUAAUUGUAUUUUGAUAGUAGCUACCUCCACCCUUCUUACCUUCCUAGACUCUAGUGAUCACUUUCCUACUUUAAGUAAAUUAAUUUAGAGAAAUAAAUGUCAGUAGAAAUGGAGCAUACCACAUUUUUUUGUUAAUAAAAAUGUAUUUUUGUUUAACAUUUUUUUCUGGAAACGGAUCAACAGCUUCUCAAAAAGAAUUUUCACAAGUAAAGUGAUGGAAUAACCGAUUUGGAUUGUGAGUAGGAAACCUUCAGACAUAGGCAGUGCUGUAGGGUCCCAGUCCUUCCUCUAGCCAGCUACGCUUCUGUGGGUUCUUCCCCGGCUCUUCGGAUCCUAGCCGGGGCCACAUGCCUGUGCUAGGUCCAUACCUAACGCAACGCGCACGGGUUGCGGAAGGGCGGGACACCGGAGACGCUCCAGACCCCAGGGUCGCUGGGCUCAACAGCACCAAGCGAUGCACGUGCUGUUGUUGUGGUGUGACAUCAUGAGUUGUGCCCCGGAAGUAGUUGCUCCAUAUCCCUCCCCCAAUAUGGCGGCGCCCAGUUCUUUAGGUCAGCACCUGCUUUUGCUCAGCGUGUAAUUCCAGCCUUGGCGAGAUUGGUCAGACCAUGGACGCGCCGGGCUUCACGGCCUCACUGGUGGCUGGAGGAGUAGCAGGUGCCGCUGUGGACUUGAUAUUAUUUCCUUUGGAUACUAUUAAGACAAGGCUGCAGAGUCCCCAGGGAUUUAACCAGGCUGGCGGCUUUCGUGGAAUAUAUGCUGGUGUCCCUUCUGCAGCUAUUGGAUCCUUUCCUAAUGCUGCUGCGUUUUUUCUCACCUAUGAAUAUGUGAAAUCUUUGCUACACACCGACUCAACUUCACACUUCAGACCCAUGAAGCACAUGCUGGCCGCCUCUACAGGAGAAGUGGUUGCCUGUUUGAUUCGAGUGCCUUCUGAAGUGGUUAAGCAGAGGGCACAGGUGUCUGCGUCUUCAAAGACCUUGCAGAUUUUUUCUACUAUCUUAAGUGAAGAGGGCAUCCAAGGACUGUACCGAGGCUAUAAAAGCACAGUUUUAAGAGAGAUUCCUUUCUCCUUGGUCCAGUUUCCCUUGUGGGAAUCCUUGAAAGUGGCUUUGCAGCUGCAGUCACUACACCUCUGGAUGUGGCUAAGACAAGGAUCAUGCUGGCAAAGGCCGGGUCCAGCACUGCUGUUGGGAAUGUGCUGUCUGCCAUGCAUGGGGUGUGGCGCUCACAGGGACUAGCAGGGUAAGGACAAAGCAAGCCCUCUGCUGCCUGGCCUCUUCUCCACUGGCUCUUCCUCAAGUCUUUGCCUGCCGCGGACGAACACCUCACCCUUUCUUUUCUUAUACUGCAUAUGUAAGAUUGCACAGUCAGAGACAGAGCACUCUAGCCACACGGUUCUUGGUCUUGUCCUUCUUGACACUGGAUGACAUGCAAAUGUAUUUUGGCUGCAGCAUGGAUACAGAUAAGCUCCCACUUACACACCGUAGAACGCAAGUGCGGUAGGCUUAGGUAGGCACUCAGAACCGUUGGCAGCCAUGCCUUACGGUGGGCACGUGCCCUGCAUCAUCGGUGUUGCUUUAUUGGUGGGUAAUUUUGUCAGUGAACAGUAUGUGCUCACACGAGUGUAGAUGGUGCCACCUACAGCCCUGGUGAAUAUGGCUCCUAGCUGCACGUGCAGCCUGUCACUUCCCAGAUGACUAUGGGCAGCUGUAAGAGCAGUAAGUGUUUGUGUAUCUGGAGACACAUAAAUGGGGAGAGCCCGAGGACCGGGUUUUCGGAUGAACAUCAUUGUACGGGCCAGCAUGGUAUAUGCAGUCUGUUUUUCUCUAAAGCGUUACUCAGCUCAUCAGGCGGCGCUGUCUGCUCCACAGUGCUUGGCCUCAGGUGGCCAUUGUUGUCCCUUGCUGGCUAAGUGCCUCACCUUUUUUGCAUGUGGUAUGCAGAUGGGUGUGUUAGCCCGCGAGUGUACCUGUAGAGCACAGAGGUUGAGAUUGGCUGUUUUCCUCAGUCACACUUGCAACAGUCUCCUACUGACCCUCCAGCCCACCAUUUUGGCUACAGUGAGUCCCGAGGACCUAUCCGUCCCCUUCCCUGUGUGCUGGUCACAAGUGAGGACCACUGCACCUGGCUUUCAUGUGAUGCUGAGGAUCUGAGCUUGGGUCACUGAACCAUCUCUUAGCCCCAUGUCCUCCAAAUGCUUUGCUUUAUGUCCCAUACAGCUGUCCCUGCGCACUGAUUUGUCAUACAGGAACUGUGUCUAUGUUGAGUUGUUAAAAGCAGGAAGACUCUGUCUAUGGAGCUCUCUUGACAUGUUGUGUGGAGCACACAAGGAGCCUCUCUGGAAGGCAGGAGGGCGAGCCCGGCAUUGGGAGCAGCAGCCCCGUGUGCAGCCCUGAGCCCUCCUGCUCUUAGCCUCUUUGCCUGGCACUGCCAUCAUCUUAUUCCCAUGCCAGGGACACCACUGACUGCUGCUUUUGUGUAACGUUGGCAUUUUAAAUUUCAGCUGAUGGACCGGGAAUAUGGUAAGGCUUUUGCCAGAGAGCAAACUCCAUGUCUGUUAGAGUUUUCCAGCUAUAAGUUUGAAAGUGGUGGCUGGGUGGCUUCAUUGAACAUCAGCUCUGAUGGUCUGAGGUACAGAUUGGAUCUAACAGACAGGACUUAGACUCUUGAUGUGUCGGACAUAGGAACAAGGUGGUAGCAUCCGCAGUGAGUCAUAGCAUCCUUAUGCAUGAUUUGGGAAGCCUCUUAGGUAAGCAGUGACUGGGCCCACAGAGGCAGCAGCUGGUGACUGGCUUUUGACAUCAUAAAGACCCGCUGCUAGAUUCUGUGGCGAUUUAGCUGGGCUUCCAACUGUGGUGUUGUGGGGGCUGCAGCCCAUCUACCAGUGGAGACAAGACGGGCAUGCUGGAUGGCACAGUACCUGCCAUGGCCACUGCAUGCUGCUGUGCAGAUGAUGCGAGAGCAGCCUUCCCUGCCUAGGUCAUGGCACACACUUGACUAAAACUAAGCAGUGCCAGAGGAGCAAAAGCAAAACAGGCCAAGGGUGUAUGCUUGUUCUGACCCUGCCUUAGUGCUGAAAGAUAAUUGGGUUUUUGGCUCAUCUUCUGAGUCCCCAGGCUUGCACUCUGUCACCUUGUACAGGGCAGCACUAAACAGCAUGUUCUGGGCAGCAGUGGCUGCGACUGAACAUACCACAGCUCCAGCAUCUCUCGAGCAAAUGACUGGACCAAGGAACAUGGAAACUCCUGAGCCCUUUCUGGGCAGGUGGCUCAGCCACUCCUCUGUGGCAGUGCCAGAUAGAGCCGUCACAGUCUGUGGUCCCUGCUCUGCACACACACUAAGCCGACCAAGUAGCCCCUCAACCGAGGAACCUGAUGUUCUCUCAGAGGAUGGGGGAUCCACACUGGAGGGCAGACUGGUUACCCAUGCUCCUUUAGCCCAGAAGCUGCAGAGCAGGGGCGAGGUCCACUUGUCUUGGAUUGCUCCUUGCUGAUCCUCUGAGGCUUUUUGAAAUGUGCCCUUUGUGUACUCACUGCUGCUGGGAGCUCCUCCCUACCCUGUUGCCCUUGGAACACACCCUGCCCUACUCACAAGUCUGCCUGCAAGCAUAGGUGGAACCUCUCCCCCUACAAAAACUCCACUUUAAGGAGGCUGUGGUCCAUUGAUCUGGUGACACUAACUGCUCCCAUCUGUCUCUGGCGUCUGCUGAGCUUGUUAGUGGCAAAAGCGAGUGAGAUUGACUUAGAAGCCAGUGGAUGCUCAUGGCCAGUGGUCUGCAGCAGCUCCGAGUCUCCAGGCCUCCCUUCUAGCACCUUUUGUACAGUAGGUGUCUUGUUUGCCACUUCCUGUGUCAGACUAGCUGACCUGAGAGCCUCUGGGACGCCUGUCACUGUAGGAGCACAGGGUGGGGGUGGGGGUCUUACCACAGACUCUGCUAUGUGCAGUGUCACAGUUUCUAGACGUUUGAACCCAGCUCCUCUUGCUUGCACUUCACCCGCUAAGCCAUGCUCUCCAGCUCCAUAGAGAGCUGUCCCAGUGUGUAAAGUCCUUGAUCACUCUUCUCUGCACUGCCAGCUAGAAGUAGGAGGGCAGCUGAUCACCUCCACUGGUUAUGUAGGCGUGGGGGCUGUGUAUCUCACAGGGUCCUCCUGUCAGCUAUCUUAAUUAGCCUCCACUUAGCACAAAGACUUCCCCACAUAUUUAAAAGGCAUGAGUGUUGUCGUAAUAAAACAUUUGCCCUACACCCAAAGUCUCUCUGACAGUGCGCACACAGGGACAUCAAACUACCUGUGAUAACUGGUUCUUUCUUCUCCAGGGUUUGAACUUGUGUCAUCAGUCUUGGCAGCAAGUGCCUUUUCCCUCAGAGGCAGCCCAAGUUGUGGUUUUUCUAAGUUUGUCUUUCUGCUUACAGAAGCACUUUUCUGAGCAACAGAGUUUCGGUAGAAAGAAGAUCAGGCUUUCUGUCUGUCACUCUCCCACCCCCCCACCGCCUCUGUAAAAGGCAGUAAUUUACAGUCUAGGACUUGCCCUGUGCGAGCUUGUGGACUUAUAACCUUUUAUGGCUGGGGUUGCUUCUGUCCUGUUCUCUCCAGCUGUGUGCUACUCUGUUUUCACGGUGCUCACUUGUCCAGCCAGGUGAGGGUCAUUAGUGGAUUACUUUUCUUCAGUAACAUCACAAUGCAUAUUUGUAAAAUUCCUGGGCAUCUGGAGGACUCCCUGCCACCACAGUGGUUCUGACUGGAUUAGGGAUAGACACCUGAGAGUCUAGAACUGACACUGUGAGGUGGUUCACCUUCACCACAAUCUGUGACUCCAGUGUUCCCAUUUAGAUUGAACAAGAAAAAGGAACCAUGUCAUUUCCUUCUUGUAGAAUCACAUUUGUGGAACUCCAACAACAAAAUACCACCGAGUCACAGGACAAGCAAGCAGAACGGUUUAAGAAUUUGCUUUGUCUCCCUGAACUGAGACCUAGAAGCCCCUCAGGUGUCCCACUGCCAUACACCCUUCCAGCCUCUGUCAGACCAUGCCUGACUCCUUCAUUGGAGCUCACUGUGGGAGGGUGGUUGCUGGGUUAGCCUGAGCGCUCCCAGAUGGUGCAGUCAUGCGAGGCUGAGCCCCAGUUUCUCCUGUGUCCUUGGGAAUGUUACUCAGUGGCCUUCUAUAAGGAAGGGGGGAUGUUUCUGUGGGGUAUUGCGAGUGGGUGCACUGAAAUGAGCAAACCCUGGGCAUCCGGAACAUGGCCAUUUCCUGUCCCUAGGCUAUUUGCAGGUGUCUUCCCGAGAAUGGCAGCAAUCAGCAUGGGAGGCUUUAUCUUUCUGGGUGCCUAUGACCAGACCCGAAGCUUGCUGCUAGAGGUGGGCAGGAAGAGCCCAUGAAGAAGACACUUCAUGUCCUUGGGCUGCUGUGCAGUCCCCUCUCCUCGUCCUGGAGCUACAGUGCAGCUGCGAAGAUGGCUCAGAGAACAGCUUAAUGAAGGUGGCACAGACUGCCCCAGGAAACUGUCCUUGGUGAAACUCUGACCCAGCACCUCAGUCCUCUCAAUAAAUACUCUUGGUAAGGCAAGGCCUUUGAUCUGCAUCCUGCACUUCCUGCUAUCUGUUGGAGUCACCAGAAAAGCAAGCUGGCUACAAUUGGAAGUGAAUGACCAGACUGGGAAAAGGAAGGAGGCUUGGGGCAGGAACUCUGCGUGUGGGUGUUUCUCCCCGGGGCUAAUGCCUAUUGUGUAAGAUUAUAGCUUUGUUUAAAAAGCACGAACUGCAGGUGCAUAGCACGCAUUCUUUCUGGUAAGGAGGCUGCUGUUUUUAAUUACCCUUGUAUUUCUCCUAUAAAAACACAUGAUUAUAUUAUAUUACUUUACAGCAAAGUGCCCCGAAGUCCCUGGGGUGUAUGACAGACAGCAGGCAGCUGCAGUGCUUAUGAGUGGGUGGGCCCAAGUGACUUUAGUUAGGAGCAUGGCUGAGGGAAGCAGUGUGUCCGUGACCACUGUGUCCUCCCUGGAGACCAGCCAGAGCUGCUCCUUUGUCCUCGAGGUAUAUGCCAGCAGGACGUGGGAGGGUCAGCAUAUUUGGGGAGCAUAAGGCUUGACUAACCAGCUCCAUGUGGCAAAAAAAAGUGAGCUAUCUGAGGAAUGUAGUGCCACUGUCUUCCUGGGGCAGCAGUGUGUAGUCUGUGCUUUGUCUAAGUAUUCUCCGCUUGGGGAAACAUUAUUAAUAGCAGAACUGCACUUACAAGAACAAUGACCGCAGCACACACUUAGUAUUUAUAAAUGAACCUUUAUUAAAGACACUGUAAUGCCAUUUGUUAGACACUUCAAUAUUUUACAUGUUUUCAAUGUACACUGUACCAAAAUUUCUAUAAAUAAAUAACUCUGUACAUAAAAA